AAAAUAAGCAGAUCCUAGUGCUGGGCCUGGAUGGGGCAGGAAAGACCAGUAUUCUCCACUUUCUAGCUUUAAACCGAGUCCAGCGCAGUGUGGCCCCCACCCAAGGUUUCAAUGCAGUGUGCAUCAGCACUGGGGACCACCAGAUGGAGUUCCUGGAGAUUGGCGGCAGCGAACCUUUCCGUUCCUAUUGGGAAAUGUACCUGUCCAAGGGCUUGCUGUUGGUAUUUGUGGUGGAUUCAGCAGAUCACAAAAGAUUACCUGAAGCCAAGAAAUACCUUCAUCAGCUAAUUGGAACAAACCCAGUCCUUCCUCUGGUUGUGUUUGCAAACAAACAGGAUCUUGAAGCAGCCUAUCACAUUACAGAUAUCCAUGAAGCUUUGGCAUUAUCUGAGGUGGGAAAUGACAGGAAGAUGUUCCUGUUCGGAACCCAGGUGACUGAGAAUGGCUCAGAGAUACCUUCCAUCAUACAAGAUGCCAGAGACCUAAUUGCACACCUGGCUGCAGACAUGAGUGAUCAGGCAUAGCCCACUGCGAGACUCAAUUUGGAUGUCACCAGGGAACGUGGCGUGGCAGGCUGGAAGCCAAAAUUUCCACUUUCAAAUAAAAAAUAAGCCAUUUCCUAUUUUCUCAAUGCACGGCACAUAUACACAUAUAAGAUAAUGUUAAUUGAUUAAAAG